AUGUUUAUGGGUCUCAAGAACAGGACCUGGAGAUCAUUGGUCGCAAGUGGGACGAUCUCGUCCAUCCCCAACCUCGCCCACUGCGUCUUCCAUCGGAUGCUCCAGGCGCUAGACUUUCUCGCAGCGAACGAGAUUAUUCACCGAGACGUGAAGCCAGAAAACAUACGCUUCACGUCGCUAUCACAUGCACAAUAUUCGUUCCAACUCGGCGAUUUCGGGCUCUGCAAUCGCGCCGUGAGUGCCGCGACCUCUGUCGGCAGCCCGCUUUAUAUGGCCCUCGAGAUGUUGCAGGAAGGGGACCAGACGCACAAGGCGGACGUGUGGUCUCUGUAUGUUACAAUGGUAUGGACAAUGAAUGUAGAGGAAUUUCGACAGAGAUCCGAGCAGUUCAAGUCCAUAGGGGACGCGCGCGAGGCCAUUUUGGCCCGCCGCUGCAGGUGUUGA